AUGAGUGGAGCAUCAAAUAAAACGUUAUCAAUCAGUGGCUGGUACGGCAUGCCAUUCUAUUUACUGAGAGAAGACUGCGAUUUUUCCCAGUUUAUGAUUUUAAUCAUCGGCGAAUCAAGAAAGGGCAUUUACGAUUACUUUAGAAAUACCCCAUGGUACAAUAUGUUGAAGGACUAUCUGUUCGUCAUCUUCUGCUACAAGAUUUUAAGUAAUUUCCUUUACCUCUUGAAGGUUUAUGGGCCGAUGAAGUUAACAGUGAGAACAUACGAACAUACUUCCAGAAAAUUAUUCCGCUGGUUGUUAAAUUCACCAUUUUUAAAAGGAACGGUAGAAAAGGAAGUUUCAAAAGUCAAAAAAUCGAUCGAAGACGAACUAAUUAGAUCCGACUCGCAACUAAUGAAUUUCCCGCGGCUGCCAUCCAAUGGGAUACCCCAGAAUGAUGUUAUUGAAGAACUAAACAAGUUGAAUGACUUGAUACCACAUACUCAGUGGAAAGAAGGCAAGGUAUCUGGGGCGGUUUAUCAUGGUGGUGAUGAUUUGAUCCAUUUGCAAACAAUUGCAUACGAAAAAUAUUGUGUUGCCAAUCAAUUACACCCUGAUGUCUUUCCUGCGGUGCGUAAAAUGGAAUCCGAAGUGGUUUCCAUGGUUUUGAAAAUGUUCAAUGCUCCUUCUGAUACAGGCUGUGGUACCACAACUUCAGGCGGCACGGAAUCUUUGCUUCUAGCAUGCCUAAGCGCCAAAAUGUACGCUCUUCAUCACCGUGGAAUCACGGAACCAGAAAUUAUUGCUCCCGUAACCGCACAUGCUGGGUUUGACAAGGCUGCAUAUUACUUUGGUAUGAAGCUACGCCAUGUGGAUUUAGAUUCAACGACGUAUCAAGUGGACCUGAAAAAAGUAAAAAAAUUCAUCAAUAAGAACACAGUUUUAUUGGUUGGCUCCGCUCCAAACUUUCCCCACGGCAUUGCCGAUGACAUUGAAGGGUUGGGAGAAAUAGCACAAAAAUAUAAUCUUCCUUUACACGUCGAUAGUUGCCUAGGUUCCUUUAUAGUUUCAUUUAUGGAAAAGGCUGGCUACAAGAAUCUACCAUUUCUCGAUUUUAGAGUCCCAGGCGUCACUUCGAUAUCGUGUGAUACUCACAAGUAUGGGUUUGCACCAAAAGGUUCUUCGGUUAUUAUGUACAGAAACAGUGACCUAAGAAUGCAUCAAUACUACGUGAAUCCUGCAUGGACAGGCGGAUUAUAUGGCUCCCCCACACUAGCCGGAUCGAGACCAGGUGCCAUUGUCGUAGGUUGUUGGGCCACUAUGGUCAACAUGGGUGAAAAUGGAUAUAUCGAAUCGUGCCAAGAGAUAGUCGGUGCUGCAAUGAAGUUCAAGAGUUUCAUCAUGGAAAAUAUUCCAGACCUGGAAAUCAUAGGUGACCCUAAAUAUUCAGUUGUUUCCUUUUCUUCUAAGACCUUGAACAUACAUGAACUAUCUGACAGACUCGCCAAGAAAGGCUGGCAUUUCAAUGCUUUACAAAAACCAACUGCACUACAUAUGGCCUUUACAAGGUUGAGUGCUAAUGUCGUGGACGACAUCUGUAAUAUUCUACGCACUACUGUGCAGGAGUCAAGAAGCGAAUCAAACACUAAGCCAUCCCCGGAUGGAACUAGCGCUCUUUACGGUGUUGCCGGAAGUGUGAAAACUGCUGGUGUUGCCGACAAACUGAUUGUGGGAUUCCUAGACUCAUUAUACAAGUUGGGUCCAGGGGAAGAAACGGAUACCGAGUAG